AGGAUUUGGGGCUCGCCAUGUUUCUCUAUGAAAAGUUCAUCCACCACAAAGAGCCUCUAGAAGAGUUGUCAGAAGCUGACCUUCUGCAAGCGUCGGAGGAAUAUUUGGCAGUUCAUCCGUCAAAUGAGGCCGGCUCGUGUACUGAGGACCACCCUGAACCCUCCCAAGACGGUCCUACUGAAGUUGGCGUCCCAGGUAAUACGUGGCAAUGUGGCUGGAUGGAUGAGACCACAAAUCGGAGGUGCCCUGAACUCGUACCAGCAGGUCUGCAACCGAUGCUCUCACAUCUAAACACGGUGCACAAUGUUUGUGGGUCAGAGAGAAUCUCAAUGGAGUGCAAGUGGGCUGUACCCUGCUCAGGCUACGAAUUCCCGUGCGGGAACAUAUCCCAGCGUCGCAAUAUUCCCCGCCAUAUAGCGAAGCAUCUGGGUUUGCGUUAUGGGUGCAAACUAUGCGGCAAAGACUUUGCCCGCUCAGAUCUUUUAAAGUAUCAUGAACGUAAGGAUCACUAGGUCCAAGACACUAGUGCAUCAGAUGCUAAAUUGCACAGCUGGCCCGGGUGAGCAUUUCGGAUAUCAUGUAAAGCAGUCGAACUUACUCAUCGCUGGCCAGGUUUUAUCAUGAAUCGACGUUUCUCCUACACACAUGUAAUCAAUGAAGCCAUUACUCAUAUAUACCAACGUACCGUUUUUCGUCGCUUGAAUUUA